AUGGCAUCCAAGAAAAACCAACGAGGUGGCAUUCGCAAGUCGGACGGGAUUCAUUUUGUCAAUGCCCGACCUUCGUCCGAGACUGAACGAAAAAAAGCCCAACACCUUGUGCGAGCACAUGUGGGACGAUGGAUCUCCGACCAGAGCAGAGAUAAAGAUCGUGCGACGGAGGCAGCUUCGAAGUCACUGUCGUCAAGUUCCUCCUCGGCUUCAGCAUCAGCAUCAGCAUCGACAUCGGCCUCAUUUUCAACCGGCAUAUCAAUUGGCGCGUCAAUAGGAGGGUCAGCUCCUCCCAAUAAUCCCCAGAGUGCACAUGCACAAGCUGCCACCCGGCCCCCAUUGCCGAACGAUGACCGCGCACCAACCUCAUUUAUUGUCGUCUCGCGUCCCUCACCCCAGCCGACCCGCUUUGCCCCCGCCCCGCGCCGCGGUAUCUCUCCCAGAGGCUUGAAUCAGCGACCGACGCGUGUAUGGCAGAGAUCACCAUUUCCCCCAUCCCACGCCAGCGAUAGCAGUGAUAGUAGUGAUGAUGCGGCUUCGCCAACGGAACCAAUAGCCUUUAUUCCAUGGCACGAGGUGACCCGCGUUGAACCCCAGAUUUCCGGCCUCUUCGACCCCUUUGGCACAUAUCCGACGCAAUUCCCGCCGGACGUCGUAAACCCAUGCGAGACAUACCUUACAACGGUAUUAUGGCCCGGGCUCAUCCCUAGGUCGAGACACGUGAAAAAGGCUGGCGAUGCUUGGUUUCCUCUUUCAUUGUCUGACCCUGCCCUCUUUACGGCGUUUAUAUACGGAUCGCUCUGUCACCAGCGAGUCCAAUGGCUUAAUCAGGCCACUCCGAGCUCCAGCUUCGGCCCUAGGCAAGAGCGUCUUUUACAGCAGUGCGAACUGGAAGCAAUCGAGUUGAUCAACGCGGCCAUGAAAGACCCCUUUCGCCGAGUUAGCGACGCGGUCAUCUUGAGCGUGAUAUGUAUGGCUCACCACCAGGCGAUGGACGACACUUUCAGACGAAAGCUGCCCACUCCCUUCAAAGCCCCGUUUCAACGCCUGCAAUGGCUCAACGUCUAUGGCUGCUUGCCUCCUAACAUGAUCCAUAUCCAAGGACUGGUUCAACUGAUCAUCAUGCGUGGUGGACUGCAGAGUAUAAAAACGGCCGGGCUGGCGGCUACUAUAUCUUUGUUUGUUAGCCCGAAAUUUCGAACUUCCUAUCCCGUGCGAAAGCUAACCAGCCCAAGUUCUGACAUAUUCACCGCGAGCGUACUCUGCACCAAGCCAGGCUUUGAGUUCUGGCCCGUAGAUGAGUCCCGCUGCGGGAUAGAACUCCAACCUCUCCUUGGAUUUGAUCAAUCCGACAUCAACCGUGGCUUCGGUCGACUCGGCAGCAUUGGAAUAACUCCACAAAUGGCGGAGGCAUUCCAAGCCGCUCGCAUGUACAUCAACAUUGUUCGAGCUAGUCUCGAAACAAGCCACGAUCCCUCACUACUAGCAGACCAAAGAAACCUAACACAAUAUACCAUCCUAUCUCUUCCACCCGCGUCGACAAUAUCUCACCAUUUCAUUCAUCCUGUACAUGCGAUCACGUACGAGGCUUGCCGGCUAGCUAGUUGGAUUUUCGCCGUCGGCGUUAUUUUCCCUGUCCCGGCUCAGAGCACGCCCCUCGCCAGGCUAGCCCAGCAAUUACAGGGUGUUCUCCGCGACCCGGAUGCUUCUGGUUUAUGGACAUCACCGCAAACACGAAUUCCUUUAUUGUGGAUCCUCGUGUUAGGCGGGAUUGCCGCCACACAAAUGCCAGAACGUCCAUUCUUUGCUUCAGCCCUGGGACAGACCUUAUGGAGGAGCAGGAUCUCCUCCUGGCUAGGUGUCAAGCGUGUUCUUGAGAUCAUGCUUUGGUACGAUAUGGCUUGUGAUGAAUCGGCGGAGGGUCUUUUUUACGAUGCAAUUCACCUUGCGAACAGCGUGACCGAGGCGAGAAGUUGA